AUGUCCACAUUCAAGGAAAAGAAACGACCAGCGCCUUUAUCACGAGAACGUGCUUCGUCCAGUUCCUCGUCAGAAUCAUCACUCAAAGUCCCAAGAACACCCCGCUUCGUUGAAGCAACAACUGUAUACUCCCCAAUAGAGCCGAGCGAGAACAGCCGGUCACCGUUCGCAGACCCCCCGACAACCAAAACACAAUCAUACAUGGCUCAAUCACAACCUUCAGAUAUUGGCUUCGGCUACAUAUCUCAAACCGAUCCUUCAAAGCAUGUCGAGAUACCGGCCACGCCAGCAUCUCCAUUAAAGAGUGCGAUGAGAGCUCCAGGGACACCAGGGCGGAAGAUCGAUAAUCCUCUGAGCCCGACAUUCCGUGAAGAGCAAAUUUUAGAGAAGCACGAGGAGAUGACAGAAAAGGAGCAAGCAAAUGAUCUGAAAAUUAAGACGAGAGUCCGGAUGGCAAAAUUUGUUCUGCGAGGCGUGAAUUUCAGUUGCAGUCUUAUUGUUCUCUCUAUGCUUUCCAUGACAUUUACGAUUUUCAACGCAACAAAGAAACUCCCAACCCGGAACAACUUACCGGCUUGGGCUCAAGGAACGAAGACCUGGCCUCAGACGGCUGUGCUCGUAAUAGCCUGUAUAUCUCUUGCACUGUGUCUCGUCAUCUUCUAUGGAUAUUGGAGGGGUGGCCACAAACGGGCAGAGAAAGUCGCAGUGUAUUAUACACUAUUUGCAGUUGCCUUUUUCAUCUUCAGCACUGUAAUGUGGGGUAUUGCAGCUGGUAUAUUGCAGGGAUCCAAGAACAGCGGCAACAACAAGGAUGUGUGGGGUUGGUCUUGCGUUGAUAACAAGAGGCGGCAACUAUUCCAGGAGAAAGUCAACUAUGCACUGGUUUGCAGAAUGCAGUCCUGGUCCUUAGUCUGCUGUAUCAUUGAGAUUGUUCUCGAAUGCAUCAGCAUCAUACUCUACGCCGUCGUUUUCUACAGAUACUACUCCAAGCAGCGUCUUCGCAAGUCCAUGGAUGUCCGAGACCGCGCCCGUUCAGACCUCUACCUCGCCCAGCUGCGCUCUCAAUCCGCGCCAAACACCCCAGGGUUCGGACCUAUGUCCCCUUCAUACUCACAACACAUGAAAUCGCCAAGAUUCCCACCAUCCGCUUACCAGUCUGGCCCAACUGCUGAGGACGGAAUGGCCGGAGGCCCAGGAACACGCUUCGUUGAAUCCAAACCUUCAUACGCCAUGGAGAAGAAGCCAUUCGCCCUCCAGCCACCUCCUAUCAAGGUCCAUUCCGCCACACCCAAGACAGCACAGAACGGAUUCGAGUCCGCUCCUGCACCACAGCAAGAGCGAGUCAUCGAGCACGUCGCAGCAGCACCAGGCGAGCAAACAUAUGCCUCAGUACCUAUCCCAGGCGCAUAUGCAAGCCCCUUGACAAGCCCCCCGCCUCAACAGUCCCGUUUCGGCAGUGUAGGACAGGCAGUCACGAGCGAUGUACGGAUCGGGAGCCCGCCUGGCAGCCCACGUGGGUGGAAAUAG